CACAAGGUGCGCGGUAUGCACUGCCCGGUGCCCGCGGAGCAACAGCCCCGUACCCAGUGCGCAGCAGCCGGCACCGCGGCCGGUACCCGUUGCGCGGCGCACGGGGUGCGCGAUUCUCCAUUCGCAGUGCGAGGUACCCAGUGCGCCGUGCCCGGUGCGCGAUGCUCGAUCCCCCGUGCGCCGUGCCCGGUGCCGGUGUCCGGUUGCCGCCCCCGCGCCGCCCCCCGCACCGCCCCCGGUGCCGCCCCCCGCCACCCCCGGUGCCUCCCCGCCCCGCUCCGUCCCGUGCGCUGCCGACGGAGCAUGGCGGGCUCGAGCGGCGGGGCCCGGCGGCCGCUGCUGCCGCUGCUCCUGCACCCCCGCCCGCCGCCCUGCAGCAGCCCGGGACCGCCGCGCAGGACCGGGGGCUCGGCGGCGGCGGCGGCGGCGGGGCCGGCGCGGCUGAAGGGACCGGAGGAUCUACCGGGGCCGGGGCUGCUCCGGACUUUCGUCUGGCUGUUCCUGCGGGGCUACUUGCUGCACACGCACCGGCUGCAGGUGAUGUCCCGACGCCUUUAUGGCCCUAUCUGGAAGUCGACCUUCGGGCAUUAUAGGAACAUCAACAUUGGGAGCCCAGUGGUGCUGGAGCAGCUGCUGCGGCAGGAGGGCAAGUACCCCAUGCGGAGUGACAUGGCCCUGUGGAAGGAGCACCGGGACACUCGCAGCCUGCCCUAUGGACCCUUCACUGAGGAAGGGGAGCGCUGGUACCGCCUGCGCCAGGUCCUCAACAAACGGCUGCUGAAGCCGUCAGAGGCAGUGCUGUACGCGGAUGCCAUCGGGGAGGUGGUGUCAGACCUGAUGGUGCGGCUGCGGGAGGAGCGGAGCCGCAGCUCCUCAGGGGUGCUGGUGGAGGACGUGGCCAACCUGCUCUACCGCUUUGCCCUCGAAGGGAUCUCCUAUAUCCUCUUCGAGACCCGCAUUGGGUGCCUGAAGCAGCAGGUCCCUGCCGAGACCCAGCGCUUCAUUGACUCCAUCAACCUCAUGUUCAAGAACUCCAUCUUCGCCACCGUCCUGCCCCGAUGGAGCCGCAAGGUGCUGCCCUUCUGGGACCGCUACUUGAACAGCUGGGACACCAUCUUCGCCUUUGGCAAGACCCUGAUUGACCGAAAGAUGGAGGAGCUGGAGGGGCAAGUAGAGCGCGGCAAGGAGGUGUCCGGCUACCUGAGCUACCUGCUGGCCAGUGGCAGACUCAGCCUGGAUGAGGUCUACGGCAGCGUGGCCGAGCUGCUGCUGGCUGGUGUGGACACGACCUCCAACACACUGUCCUGGGCCUUGUACCACCUCUCCCGGGACCCAGGCAUCCAGGAGACCCUGUACCAGGAGCUGAAAGCUGUUGUGCCUGCCAACCGGUUUCCUGCUGCUGAGGAUAUCCCCAAGUUGCCGAUGCUUCGGGCCAUUAUCAAGGAGACACUGAGGGUCUACCCCGUGGUGCCCACCAACGCCAGGGUCUUCUAUGAGAAGGACAUUGUCAUCGGAGACUACCUCUUCCCCAAGAAUACCCUCUUUGUCCUGGCCCACUACGCGAUGUCCCACGAUGAGACCUACUUCCCUGAGCCUGAGCGAUUCCUGCCCCAGCGCUGGCUCCGCGGAUAUGGGUCCCCCCAUCACCCCUUCAGCUCCAUCCCCUUUGGCUACGGGGUUCGUGCCUGUGUUGGACGCCGCAUUGCUGAGCUGGAGAUGCACCUGGCCCUCGCCAGGAUCAUCCAAGCAUUCGAGGUGCGGCCAGACCCCCGUGGCGUGGAGGUGACAUCUGUGUCCCGCAUUGUCCUGGUGGCCGACAAGCCCAUCAAUCUGGAGUUCAUUGCUCGUCCGGAAGCCCCCUGACUGCACGUCCACCCCUGACCCUGGGUGCCAAAUGGAGAACCCCCGCUGCCCCACAGGGAGGGGCAGGCAGAAGGCAAAACCAUCCUCUGCCCAGCUUGGGUCAGGGGGCUCCCACCCCCACUGUGGGGAAGACGAAGAGGAUAAGAGACUGUCCCCAAAUUGCCCCUGGGGCACUAGUAGCCCCCUACCCCAAAUCAGCGGGAGGCUUGGGGAACUGCUGUGCCUUUCACACACUUCAGGGGUUGUUGUGUUGCCCCUAUCCCAUGCCCAGCUGGGCUGUGUUGGGGACCUGGGAGCUCUGUCAGGGCAGGGGGGAAGCAGGGAGGGGUUUUGCAGCCAUUUGGUGUCUCCUUCGUCCUGUCCUUGUGUAGCUGCGCGUGGAUCUGUGCCUGGAGCCAGGACAUCUGGGUCCUUUCUGAACAGCUGAUCUUGGCCUCAGAA